UCAAAAUAUAAUACCUACAAGUUAAAGACAUUUUGAGUCAAAAGAGCUGCAAGUACUUGGAGGAACACGGGUAUUUGGAUAUGUACGAAAAGUUGGAACCGCUUUGCCUCGGGACAGUUGGUUGCAAUGAUACCAUCUCCACCGAUUGCUGCCGAUUUCUCAAAGCUCAAAACCAGUGCGCUGGAGAUCUUGGCAAAUUCUGUCAACUUACUUGCUUCAAGUGUGGAUUUACAGAUAACCCUACGAUAACAGCAGCAACAACUGCGCCACCAACUGCGCCACCAACAGCAACACAAAAAUGCGAUGAACCUCUUGGCAUGAAAAGCAAAGCCAUCCAAGAUGAUCGCAUCACUGCCUCCUCAUCACAAUCUUUUUUUCGAUAUAAACCAUGGAGCGCCAGAUUGAACCUUAUGGCAACAUCGGGUUGGAUUCCGUUGAAGGCGCGGCAAGGAGAGUGGCUUCAGGUUGACCUCGGCAAACCUGACAGAAGGGUAACGGGUAUAGCAACUCGAGGUACGACACAAUACUGGACAACUGGCUACUCUUUACAGUACAGUCAAGACGGGAAAAACUUCGAGGAUUACAAUUCAGGCGAGGUUCUCAAGGGUAAUACUGACGGAGUUAGCGUAGUGAAGCAUGUCCUCAAGUUUUAUCAGAGUUCUGCUAAAGACUUGGCACAAAACAUUUCCAGCCCUACAAAUAGAGCUAUACGGUUGCAAAUAAGGUAUCUUACUAAUUAA